GAGGAAAAGAAAAUUAUGGGGUUUUCAACUUUUCCCCAAAAUAAUUCUGCUUACAUUUGUAUAGGUUUGGUCUAUAGCUCAAGCAGCUCUAAUAUAAAUAAAAUUUUUAUUAAAUGUUUUAAAUGUUAUAUUUUUCCUUUCUUUUCCAGGGCAGGGAAACCACCACCUGGCUUACAUCUGGAUGUAGUCAAAGGAGACAAACUCAUUGAGAAACUCAUCAUUGAUGAGAAGAAAUACUAUCUCUUUGGGAGAAAUCCUGAUCUGUGUGACUUUACCAUUGACCACCAGUCUUGCUCUCGGGUCCAUGCUGCCUUGGUCUAUCACAAACAUCUCAAGAGGGUUUUCCUCAUAGAUCUGAACAGCACACAUGGCACAUUCUUGGGCCACAUCCGUUUGGAAGCUCACAAGCCCCAGCAGAUCCCCAUCGACUCCACGGUUUCCUUCGGCGCCUCCACGCGCGCCUACACCCUGCGAGAGAAGCCCCAGACCCUGCCCUCAGCAGUGAAGGGGGAUGAGAAGAUGGGGGGUGAGGAUGAGGAGCUCAAGGGUUUGCUGGGGCUGCCAGAGGAGGAGACAGAACUGGACAAUCUGACAGAGUUUAACACUGCCCACAACAAAAGGAUCUCCACACUGACCAUUGAGGAGGGGAACUUGGACAUCCAGAGGCCAAAGCGAAAGCGGAAGAACUCCAGAGUGACGUUCAGUGAUGAUGAUGAAAUCAUCAAUCCAGAGGACGUGGACCCGUCCGUGGGGCGGUUCAGGAACAUGGUACAGACAGCUGUGGUCCCUGUUAAGAGCCCCACAGCGUGCACGGCACCGCGCUCAUCGGGGGGCUGCCCAUGCCCUACCCCAACCUCGCCCCCGAUGUGGACUUGACUCCAGUUGUGCCCUCCACAGUGAACAUGAACCCAGCUCCCAACCCCGCCGUCUUCAACCCCGAAGCUGUGAAUGAACCCAAGAAGAAGAAAUACGCCAAGGAGGCCUGGCCGGGCAAGAAGCCGACCCCGUCCCUGCUGAUCUGAGCUGGGCUGAGGGAGGGCAGGAGUCACAACUCCAGAAACUUUUCAUGUGCGGUAUCGUCUUUUUAAACUUUCAGUGUCCUAACAGAUGUAAUACCAAGAUUGGAGGAGUGAAAUAUCCUUUAAAGAUCUGUCUUCAAAUGUUUUUAUAUGUCUGUUA